AUGACAGAAAAUUACCCGAUCGGCACCCGUGCCGAAAGUGAGCGUCUCGUGAGAGACUGGGGUUUCCAACACGUCUAUACCUGGUCAGACGGGAGGUUUGUCUCACUGCCAGGUCCCUUCAACAAGCUUACUUACCAUAUUAGAAAUGGAUACUACUCGCCUCAUAGUCACGGAGGUCUCACGACACAUUUGAUCCGUCGAGGCACCUUUACCGUUACAUAUCCUGAAGACAAUGCAAAGUUGCAUAAUGGCGAAGUCAAGAAAGAGACAUUCGGGCCUGGUGCGCGAAUUGACGUUCCAGCCGGGAAGGUCCAUGAAGUCUGGAUUGGAGAUGAAGGGUGUGAAUAUGUGAUUGGUGAAUAG